AUGGAGGCGCUGCGGGAGCUGCGCGUGGGCUUUGUGGGCGCGGGGCGCAUGGCUGGCGCGCUAGUCCAAGGGAUGCUGCUGACAGGAGAAGUUCAGCCGAAAAACAUCUUUGCCAGUGCCCCAUCCAACACCAAUCUGGACAAGUUCCAGGGCUUCGGCUGCAGAACAACACACUGUAACCUGGAGGUGCUGAAGAACAGUACCGUGGUGUUCUUGGCUACCAAGCCCCACAUUAUCCCCAUGGUCCUCCGCGAAAUCGCUCCUGCUGUCACUCAAGAUCACAUUGUCAUUUCCAUGGCAGCCGGAGUCACGCUCGGGACCCUGGAAGAGCUGCUUCCUGCCAGGACCAAGGUGUUGCGGAUGAUGCCCAACCUUCCCUGCGUGGUCCAGUCAGGCGCUAUUGUUCUGGCCCCGGGGACCUGCACACGUGAUCUGGAUGUGGCCUUGCUGAAGAAGUUGCUGACCCCUUGUGGGCUUUGCGAAGUGGGGCCUGAGCCCUACAUUGACAUUCACACUGGACUGAGUGGCAGUGGAGUGGCCUACGUGUACACGUUUGCUGAAGCGCUGGCUGAAGGUGCAGUGAAGAUGGGGAUGCCGUGGGCCGUGGCCAACAAGAUCGCUGCCCAGACCCUCUUGGGAGCAGGCAAGAUGAUCCUAGAAACAGGCGAGCACCCGGCGGUCCUAAGGAGUGCCGUCUGCACCCCGGGCGGCACAACCAUCCAUGCUUUGCACGAGCUAGAGAAGGGGGCCCUGCGAUCGACGGUCAUGAAUGCUGUGGAGGCUGGCACUAGCCGGGCCCAGGAGCUGGGCAAGAGAUAGAAGCCGG